AUGACUGCCACUACCAAACAAAUCUUCGCAUACUUCUGGCUCUUUGGAUUAGUGAAUAAUGUGCUCUAUGUGGUGAUUUUGUCCGCAGCUGUUGAUAUUGUUGGCCCGGGUUUACCUAAGUCAAUUGUACUUCUUGCGGACAUAUUCCCAUCUUUGAUAAUUAAGAUCAUCUUACCAUUGUGCAGCCAGCAUGCCACAUAUAGUUAUCGAAUCUACGCUCUGAUGGCGAUGGGAGGUUCAGGGAUGGUGCUUGUAUCACUGGGCUCCCUAGAGGUCAGUUUAUUGGGUAUUAUAUUGGCAUCAACAGCUUCUGGACUUGGUGAGUCAACAUUUUUACAAAUAACACACUAUUAUCAACAUGAUGCAUUGAAUGGGUGGAGUUCAGGGACUGGCGCAGCAGGCCUAAUAGGUAGUUCCCUUUAUAUGCUGCUGACGACAGUUCUUAAGAUGCCCGUGCCAAUGGCACUAUUAUUGUUUAGCAUGUGGCAGCUGGCAUUUCUGCUUUACUUCAAGCUUGAUGUGGCCGUAAAAGUUGCUGGGAAUCAAUAUGAACGUCUGGAUACACAAGAAGGCGAAGGAGCUGGUAAUGCUGAGAACAGCUUCGAGGAAUCUACGGUUGAAAUCGCACCGGCUGAAAAAAGUGAUUUAAAAGAGCAUAUUAUACAGACUGCUAGAAGACUAAGGGCGCUUAUUAUACCUUAUAUGCUGCCACUUGGUACAAUUUAUUUCUUUGAAUACUUGAUCAACCAAGGUGUGAGUCCUACUCUACUAUUUCCUCUGGAAGAGAGAAACUUUGGUUUUAUCCAGAAAUACCGGGACAUUUAUGUACUGUAUGGGACUUUAUAUCAAAUUGGAGUUUUUAUUUCGCGAUCCAGCGCUCGAUUCAUUAGAUUUAGGAGGUUGUAUUUACUUUCAACCCUCCAGGGACUAAAUUUGGUAGUAUUACUCAUCCAGUCAUGGUUUUACAUCUCAAAUUCUAUGUGGCCCAUAUUACUGCUGGUGUUUUAUGAAGGCUUGUUGGGAGGAGCCUCGUACGUAAACUGUUUUUCAAAUGUUUUAGAUGAAGUGCACAAAUUUGAACGUGAAUUCUCGCUGGGUGCUGUAUCAAUUGCAGAUUCUUUUGGAAUAUUGGUUGCAGCGUUUUCGGGAAUGUUGCUGGAACCUAAACUUUGUGCCCACCAAGUGGAAACGGGACGUCCAUGGUGCACAUUACCGUGA